AUGGAAUCUAUCCGCGAUUCGCCAGAUUUUCGUGUUUACAAGUAUUCCUGUCAUACUUGCAAUUUCCAUUUCCCAACAGAGAUACGCUUUGAAAAACACAUCCUUGAAAGCGAUGUUCAUAAAUCUUUCAAACUUACCUCUGAAACUGCCGAUGAUCUCGGUUAUCUUUCUAUCUCGGAUACCGAGACUCGACCGGAUAUUCACCAAAGAUAUUCUAGUCAUCAGCCCCGAGCCACCGAAUUCUAUCAAUGUAUAAAGUUCGAUUGCACAUGCCCACAGUUCGAGUUUUUCAACCCAACGCAACGUCCACUCGCCUCUACUACAGGUGAACUUUCUGAAUAUCUUCUUCUCGAUGGCUCUGCCGGAAGUUCGCUGAAGGCGGAAGCGAUAGACGACGGUGGAGAAGAAGAAAAUCUCAGAAUCGUGUUUCCCGCUGCAAACUGGCCUCGUUCCCCCAGCGAAGAAGACGAUGGGCCUUCUAGCCUUCCUCCCGACCGUGGUAACGAACAAGGGGGGGUAGCUGCAGGCCGAGAGCGGAGAGAUGAGGCCGCUGCUGUUGCUGAGGCCCAGAGACGCCUUAAGAUACAGGAUGAAAUCAAUCAAAAGAAACGCUUUAACAAGGGGAAGACCCGUAAAACUGCUCGGAUAAUGAGGGAGGCGGCCAAUCGUGCGAGGUUUGAGGAGAUUUUGGCGCAAAAGGUCCCCAACCAAAUCAAAGAAGAAGUCAAAGAGGACAUCAAAAUAAAACUCACCAAACCAACCCCUUUAGAAAUUGCACAGGUUGUGAGACGGGAGAAAGAGAGUGUUGCAAAUUGGCGUAGGAAAAUGGGUAUAAGUGAUUAUAAGGUUGAGGAGAAAAAGCGCUUGAACGAACUAGCUAAGCAAAUCCAUGCUCUCAUCAGAAACACCUUACUCGAGAUUGCUUUGCAACGAAAAAAUGUACAGCGCGAAAAGGAAGACAUCCGGUAUAAGAAUGCGCUAUUUUUCGAGGAUGAAUACGAAAAUGUCGCCAUCGACCACGAGUUCAGCGUUGAGGACAGGGCCCUAGAGCACCUCCGGAGGAUCAGGGGGAAAGAGUCAGUAAAGUUGCGAAACAUCGAAAAAAUGGAUGAUAAAGUGGAUGAUCUGGCUUUGGAUCAUGUUCAGGACAUUGGAGAAAGGGGAGAAGAAAGAUACCGGCAGAUGGUAGGAAAGAAACAGACAAAGUUUUUGAAUUGUCUGAAGAUUGAUGACACUGUUGAUGAUGUCGCUUUAGACCACCACCAAGAGAUCGGUGAAAGGAAAGAGGAAACCCAUAGAAGAGCCAUGGGAAGAUCUCAGACGAAAAAAAUAGCCGAACUUCACAUGGACGAUACAGUCGACAAUAUUGCACUGGAUCACGGCCAGGAAUUAGGGGAAAGGGGAGAGGAGCAGUAUCGGAGGACCAUUGGUAGAGUACAAACCAAGAGGAUCAAUGACCUACAGAUGGAUGAUACAGUCGACAACAUUGCACUGGAUCACGGCCAAGAACUGGAGGAAAGGGGAGGAGAACGGUAUCGAAGGACCAUUGGUAGAAUACAAACCAAGGAGGUCAAUGAUUUACAGAUGGACGAUACAGUUGAUAAUCUGGCACUGGACCAUGGCCAGGAGCUGGGAGAGAGGGAAGGAGAACAGUAUCGAAGGAUCACUGGUAGAAUCCAGACCAAGAAAAUCAAUAACCUACAGAUGGAUGAUACAGUUGACAAUAUUGCGCUGGAUCACAACCAGGAAUUAGGAAAUAUGGUUGAGGAGCAAUGUCGACGGACCGUUGGUAAAGCCCAAACGAAAAACCUACUUGACCUUCCAGCUCGAAUGGAUGACAUAGUUGACAGCAUGGUAAUGGACCAUGACCAGGAAUUAGGGGAAAGGGGAGAGGAUGUAUCUCGGAGGACCAUUGGUAAAACCCAAACCAGGAGAAUCAAUGAUCUCCGGAGGGAUGAUAUGGUUGAUGAAAUGGCAAUCGAUCACAAUCAGGAAAUAGGAGAAAUGGUUGAAGAGCAAGGUCGAAGGGCUAUUGGCAAAGUCCAAACCAAAAAUCUGUCUGAUCGGCCUGCCCGAAUGAAUGAAAUUGUCGACAACCUGGCAAUGGACUAUGACCAAGAGCUGGAAGAGAGAGGGAAAGAGCAGCUUCGGAGGUCUGCUGGCAUGGCUCUAUCCAAGAAGAGGGCCGAUGUUGCGGCAGACGACACGGUUGAUAAUAUGGUGGUAGAUCAUGGUCAAGAGCUAGGGGAAAGAGGAGAAGAGCGGCGUCGGGUUCUCUGCGGCAGGGCUCAGAACAAGGAGCUGACAGGAGUCCUCGUAAACGAUGCAGUUGAUCACAUCGCGCUUGAUCAUCACCAAGAGCUGGGAGAAAAGGGGGACGAGCAGCGCCGAAAGGCCACAGGAAAGGCUCAGAACAACAAGAUACAAGCCUUGAAGAGAGACGAUGUCGUUACUAACGUUUCACUAACCCACGAUCAAGAAAUCACCGAAAGAUCUCAAGAGCACGUACGAAAAGCCGAUAGCCAAAGAAGCAACAAGAGGCUAAAGGUGAUGGAGGGGUAUGAGGAGCGCGCCAUAGUCGACAUCGCAAUGGGCCACUUGCAAGAGGUCGGCGAGAAGACAACUCAAAGCCAGCGGAGAACCCUCGGCUUGCAGCAAAGCACACAACUCAGCGCCUCCCGAAACAACGAUGUGGUGGAAGACCUCGCCAUGGACUACAACCACGGCCUUGGCGAGAGGGACCAGCAGCACUUGAGAAAGGCCAUUGGCAGGCAGCAGACCAGAACCCUGGGGGCAGCAGGCUUCCUGGCGAAGUAUACGUCUUUUAGCCAAAACUUGAACACCAAUACCUCCGCCACCGCCGCCGAUAGGGCGGUAACCCCGUCUGGGAACGUUGGAGAAAACGAGGACGGUGGUGUGAGAGACCAAAGAGAGCCGGCUGACAAUAGUGAUGGUGAGAGCACUGUCAUCGCCACUCCUCAGUUGACGAUCCAGCAGAAGCGCGCAGCGGCGCAGGCAAGGUAUGAUGCGAUUGUGAAUGAGAUGGUGGGGUCUGUGGCGCUGUGA